AUGAGUAUCGCUCCACUCCAGUCAUCUCUUUUUGAGUCUCACAUCGCUGCCUGUAGCACACCCUACCCCUUCCCCAAGUAUCAGUUGCAUCCAUUGAACGUCUCUGGUGCUGCUCGGGUCAACGUCCGCUCUGCUCGGGUCAACGCCUUUCUGCUCGGGUCAACGCCUUUCUGCUCGGGUCAACGCCGAUCUGCUGCAGUCAAGGCAACAUCGAAAGAUAAGUAUCCCUCCGACCCGCCUCUGCUCUCUGCUCCCCACCCGCGCGUUUCGCAUGCCUUCGCUUCGCAUGUCUGCUCGCCCGCUCAGCAGCACACCCAGCUCCUUGGUACCAGUUUCGAUGGCUGCGCGGACCUCCCUCCUGCUUGCGCGGACGUUGCUGCUGCCUUCGCGAACAUCCCUGAUGCCUGCGCGGACGACAUUGCUGCCUGCGCGGACGACAUUGCUGCCUGCGCGGACGACAUUGGUGCCUUCGCGGACGACAUUGGUGCCUUCGCGAACGACAUUGGUGCCUUCGCGAACGACAUUGGUGCCUUCGCGAACGACAUUGCUGCCUGCGCGGACGACAUUGCUGCCUUCACAGAUGACGUCCCUGGUGCCUUCGCGAGCGUCCCUGGUGCCUUCGCGAGCGCCCCUGGUGCCUUCGCGAGCGCCCCUGAUGCCUUCGCGAUCGUUGCUCUGGACUCGCAUGCUCUGGACGCGCAUGCAGCAAGCUGCCGGGCAGCAGGACGCGCUUCCUUGGCUGCACCGACCGCCUGCCACACUCGCCUCGCAAGAGAUCAGAUGAGUACCUCCACUUCCUCCCUCUCUGAGCUCCGCCUUUUCGCUGCUUCCGCAAAUUCUCACUUAGAUGCACUUCGCACCGCUCUAGCUGCCUGUAGCACGCCCCAGGGCUCCCCAGGUGCCUUGGCUGUCCUCUGCUCUCCACUGCACGCUGCUGCUGCUGAGCGGACUGUCACCAUGACUGGCGGACCUCUGCGUGGCCCUCCACUCAACUCCAAGCUGCUGCGCGGACUCUUCUUUGCUCUUCCCUCCUCCUCACAGGGACUGCCGCUGGAAGAGGAAGCCGGUGUGAGUGCAACCAGGGUCGCUGCUGCUGGAGGAGGAGGUGACGCUGCCGUCUGUGCUGCUGCUGCCGGCGUUGCUGGUCAUGGUCUGCUCCACUCCACUCCACGCUCCUUCUGCCGCUGCGCGGACUGUCACUGCCACUGGCGGAUUGAGGGACUCGCUGCUCUGUGCAAGGUACCCUCUGGUGGCGGUGGUGGUGUUGGUGUUGGUGGUGGCGGUGGUGGUGGUGGAGGUGGGGUGGCAGUGGGGGUGUGGGUCAGUGUCAAGCCUGGAUUCCAAUAG